UUUUGAAGGUGAUGCCUCUUAUGAAAACAUUGACCUUCAAUGUCAUAUGCACACUCAUAUUCGGAAUCGAAAGGGGGGCAAGAAGAAAUCGACUAGUAAAACUAUUCGAACACGUGAUUGAUGGAACUUUGGCACUGCCAAUAAACUUGCCCUUCACGCGCUUCAACAGAAGCCUACGUGCAAGGUCCGAGAUUAGAGACAUCGUUUUGGAACUUAUACGUGAAAAGAGGGACAAAUUGGAAAAUCAAGAAACCCUAGAUAAUCAUCAUCAAGAUCUCAUCACUAGAUUUCUAAGCAUGAGUGACGUCGAUCAAGCUAAUUCGUCGCCUCUGCUCUCCGAUGAGGAAAUAGUGGAUAAUUGUAUUGUUGCAAUGACUGCAGGGCACGACACAACUUCUAUACUCCUCGCUUUCUUUAUCAAACUCCUGUCAGAAAAUCCACACGUUUAUCAAACUGUCCUUAAAGGUUGGGUGAUUUACACUAGUAAAUAA